AUGAUUGAAGACCUGCUCACGGAGUUGACACCCAGUCGGGCGGUACUAUGCGUUCUAGGGCUCUUUGUUACAGGCUGCGUCUUCCGGAAGCUCCAAACUUCAGCACAAAUUGCCCGUCUCGGCGCCAGAGCCCCCAAAAUCCGGUUCCGUCUUCCAUACGCUAUCGACUUUAUCUACAAAGGCUAUCAAGCCAAUCAAGCCCACCAAGAUGCCGAAUUCUGGGAUCAAGUCAUCAUGCACGCAGACGGCCGGACUAAUGUGAAGACCGCCGAACUCGACGCUGGCAUUUCUACCCGCAUGAUCUUAACAAAGGACCCAGAAAACAUCAAAGCACUUCUUACUGGCCAAUUUGCCGACUACGGCAAGGGUGAGUCUUUCCACCAUGAGUGGAAAGAGUUCCUGGGCGACAGCAUCUUCGCCACAGAUGGGGAACUAUGGUCCCGCUCUCGCCAGCUCAUUCGCCCUAUGUUUGUGCGUGAACGCAUCGUCAGCACGGAGACCUUUGAGAAGCAUGUCCAGAAGCUCAUACCGCUUCUCGGCGGCAGUGACUCGCCCAACAGCAGCAAGGUGGUAGACAUUGGACCACUCUUUUUCCGAUACACCCUCGAUACGGCAACAGAAUAUCUGCUGGGCAAGGGUACAGACAGCCUGGAGAACCCAGAAACGAGCUUUGCCGAAGCAUUCAGAUAUGUGCAACAACGCCAGGCGGAGUAUUUCCGUUUCGGUGUCUUCGCCUCUUUGAUGUCACGCACGGAAUUCCGCAAGAACCUAAAGAUAAUGGACGAGUUUAUCCAGCCCUACAUCCAGACCGUCCUUGCCCUCUCCAGCGGUGAACUUAACGAGAAGCUUUCCAAGCGCGAGACCUUCCUCGAUGCCCUAGCCCGCUUCACUCGCGACCCCCGCAUUCUUCGAGAUCAGCUCGUAGCAGUCCUCCUCGCAGGCCGUGACACAACUGCCGGCACAUUAUCAUUCUGCCUUUUCGAACUAUCCCGCAACCCUGAAGUCGUGGCCAAGCUGCGCGAAGAGAUUCGCAAGCAAGUUGGCGUCGGCGCUGACAGCCAGAAACCUAGCUACGCCGAUCUAAAAGAAAUGAAAUAUCUCAGUGCAGUGCUAAACGAGACCAUGCGUGUAUAUCCAGUCGUCCCAUUCAACGUGCGUUACUCGCUUCACGACACGACUCUUCCACGCGGCGGUGGCCCAGAUGGACUCGAUCCUGUAGGUGUACGCGGAGGAUCGCGAGUCAUCUAUUCGACGAUGCUGAUGCAGCGGGAUCCUGAUCUGUACGAUGGGCCGGACUCAAAGAACUACUUUGAUCCCGGAAAGUGGAUUCCCGAGCGAUGGGUUUCGGGUUGGGCGCCGAAACCGUGGCAGUUUAUCCCGUUUAAUGGGGGUCCACGGAUUUGUAUCGGGCAACAGUUUGCUACUGUUGAGAUGGGGUACACCCUGAUUCGGAUUUUGCAGACUUAUGAAAAGGUUCUUGCGCUGCCGGUGAAUGGGAAGGAUCGCGUUGAGGAUCCUGUGCUUCGAUUUGAAGUUACGAUUAGUCCUGGCUCUGAGCUGAACUGUGUUUUCCUUAAGGAGGGUGAAGAGAUUGCAAGCAGUGCCUCUUAA